UGCCAUAUUGGAACGAGCUCUGUGCUGUGCAGUUGGAAGACGUCGCUCGCUGGCUUCCACCGAACGAAAAAGGCUCGCAAAUUUGACGCGAAAAAAAACAUAAUUAAGAUUACUCUGACGUUUUUCUGGCGCUGUACCCAAUGAUUUAUGAAAACUUGCCUGUGGAGGAAUGGGGGAGAUGCAGUGAAGACUGAGGAGUCUGAAGACAGACGGACAAAGGGUAAAAGGGUAAAGGUUACCCGGAAGAGAGCAGGAUGCAGUCCCGCCCACAGGACAGGCCGUUGGCCCUCUCCGCGGGGAAAUCCCACAGCCCGACCAAUGGGAGAGAAGAACGGGUGUACUCAGACGUGGACUCCAUGGAGGAAGAGGCAGACUUUAAUUGGGAGGAGUACCUAGAGGAGACGGGGGCGACCGCUGCACCCCACACCGCUUUCAAACAUGUGGACAUCAGCCUACAGAGCAGCUUCCAGCCGGGGAUGAAGCUGGAGGUGGCCAAUAAGAGCAGGCCAGACACUUACUGGGUGGCCACCAUCGUCACCACCUGCAGCCAGCUGCUGCUGCUGCGCUUCAGUGGCUACGGAGAUGACCGCAAGGCCGACUUCUGGUGUGAUGUCAUGACUGCCGAACUCCACCCAGUAGGCUGGUGCACCCAGAACAACAAGACCCUCCAACCCCCUGAAGAUAACGUUUACCUAAGAAAAGCCAUCAAGGAGAAGUACAGUGACUGGACAGAUUUUCUCAUCCAGGACUUGACUGGCUCACGGACCGCACCAGCAAACCUACUGGAAGGGCCUCUGAGGGGAAAGAACACAGUGGAUCUGAUUGUGGAGGGUUCGGUGAUGGAGGUACGGGACCUCACUGACCCCUUCCUCUACUGGGCUGCUCGCGUCGCCCAGAACAUUGGUGGGAGGCUCCGCCUGCGCCAUGUAGGUCUCCAAGACGACGCCCACGACACCUGGCUGUUCUACCUCGACGUGAGGCUCCGCCCACUGGGCUGGGCUCAGGAGAACCGCCUGUCACUGGAGCCCCCAGCAGAGUUGCGCGGCCUGAAGAGCACUCUCGAGUGGCAGGAGGCCCUGGAGGCAGCGCGGAGCGAGGCCCAGCAGAACCCACUGCCCCUGGAGGUGUUCAAGGACCAUGCAGACCUGACCAAACACUCCUUCAGGACGGGGAUGAAGCUGGAGAUGGUGUCGCAGUCGGAACCGUUCCACAUCUGCCCUGUAUCUGUCACACAGGUCUACAAUGAGCACUACUUCCAGGUCACAGUGGACGACCUCACUCCAGAGGCCACACCCCUGUCCCUGGUGUGUCAUUCUGAGUCGCCGGGCAUCCUCCCCGUCCAGUGGUGUCUGAAGAACGGGAUUGGUCUAGAGCGGCCGAGGGGCUACCUGAGCCAGGACUUUGAUUGGGCGGACUACCUGAAACAGAGUGGGACUGAGACCGCCCCCGACGCAUGCUUCCCUGACGCGUGGCAGAGCCGAGGCUUCGCUAAAGACAUGUGGCUGGAGGCCGUUAACCCUGUCAGGCCCACCGAGGUGUGUGUGGCUCAGAUCACACAGGUCAGGGGUCGCCUGCUGUGGCUCAGACUGGAAGGCCUGCCGAAGUCCUUCCCUGAAUGUAUUGUGGAUGUGGAGUCCAUGGACAUCUUUCCUGUAGGAUGGUGUGAGACCAAUGCUUACCUCUUGACUCCACCACUGAAGCCUGUCUGCCAGCAGCAGAAGAAGAUAGCCGUCGUCCAGCCAGAGAAGCAGUUGGCUCCGCCGCAACCCGCGGAGACAAUCCCUCUCGACCUCUGCGAGCCCGUUGCCAUGGAUACAGGCUCAGCCAAUGGGAGAUACUGUUGUUCCAGGAUCUAUGUGAACCACCGCUGUUUCUCUGGCCCUUACCUAAACAAGGGCCGCAUCGCUGAGCUGCCCCAGGCUGUAGGGCCGGGGAAAUGCACUCUGGUCCUCAAAGAGGUGCUGAGCAUGCUAAUCAAUGCGGCCUACAAGCCUGGGCGUGUCCUGAGGGAACUACAGGAUGUGGAAGAGCGGCACUGGGACUGCCACGAGGAGACCCUCAAAGCCAAAUACAAAGGGAAGACGUAUCGAUCGUCCAUCCGGAUCGUCCGUCUGGCAGAGCAGAUCCCAGACUUCUGUCGCAAAGUGUGUGUGAAGCUGCAGUGCUGUCCCAACCUCUUCAGUCCCGUCCAAGUCACAGACCAGUGUCCUGAGAACUGCUCCAUUCAGACCAAGACCAAAUAUAGUUGGUGUGUGCGUGCGCGAACAAAUACAGUAAUUUUCUACAAGUCGUAUUACUACGGUAAGAAGAAGAAGCUGUCUAAGCCGUUUGGAGGAGAGGAGAGUCUGGAGGCCAAACCCACACGACGCAGGAAGAAGAGGAAGGCCAUCUUUGUCCAGAAGAAACGGCGCUCGUCUGCAGUGGACUACACUCCUGCAGGGUCACCACAGGACAGUGAUGAAGACGAGGAUGAAGAUGAUCUUAUGUUGCAGUCGGGCAGUGAAGAAGGCACCAGCUCUGAGCCGCGCGAGGACCACACAGACACUUCCUCUGUGGAGGUGGCUAACAGCCGGCCGCGGCGCGCUGUGACGCUACGCAGGGCCACUCAUACCGGCAUAGCUUCGGGCAGCCGUGAGGGUCCUGAAAGCAGGAGGCGGAGCACUCGGUCCCUGUCAUAUAACCAGGGGAACAAGUACCACCCACCCAAGAGACAGGAGAUGCAGGUAGAGUGUAGUGAGGCGGAGUGCCGGCUGGUGUUGGAGAGGAACCCUCUGGAGUGGUCCGUAGAAGACGUGGUCACCUUCAUCACCUCCACCGACUGUGCUGCUCUCGCCAACAUCUUCCAGGAGCAGGACAUAGAUGGCCAGGCGUUGUUGUUGCUGACCCUGCCCACAGUCCAGGAGUGUAUGGAGCUGAAGCUGGGUCCAGCCAUCAAGCUGUGUCACCAGAUAGAGAGGGUCAAGGUGGCCUUCUAUGCCCAGUACGCCAACUGAUCCUGGGCAUCUCACCUGGCACCUUUUACCCUGUAGAGCACAGGCUGUCUGGAGAUGCCCCGCCCAGUACACCUUCAUCUGAGGAAGAGGAGGAGAGAUGAUUUCGCUUAAUGCCAAGUCUGGGAUUACCUGGUCUAGAAGGUUGGGAGGAAAGUGGGAAAACUGGUAAUGCUGUCACUUAGGAAUUCCUCAAUUCUGGACAUGGAUUACCCAGCCACUUUUCCGUGGAUUACUGAUGUCACAUAGAGAAGGAAGUGACGUCAGAGGAAGUAGCGGAGGAGCUACCCACAUACGGAGCUCAGGACGUCAUCUGCGACAACAGGCAGAGAUGGAUUGGAAGGUUCCGAUUUCCAUAAUAUUGUGUGGAAGGAUCAGUCAACUGUGAAUGGUUGAGUACGAUACAUAUGAGUCAAUCCAUAUGGAAUACAGAUCUGUGAAGAAACUGAUCGAAAUCGAGGAUUAUUUUCUUGGAACAUUUUGAAAUCGAGGAUUAUUUUCCUGGAAAAUCGUAUUUUUUUUACAUGCUGUUUCAGACUAAUGGCCCUGGAUAGUGUUUAUGAACAAAUGUUAUUAAAUAUUUGUUCAACGUUUUCCCUCUUUGUUAUAUUUAAGUCAAUUAGCUUAAUAUAUUUCAUUAACGAAAAUCGGUUAGUAACCUACAAUAUAUUUGCAAUAUUUAUUGUAUUCCUUAUUGAAUAGAUAUAAUAUCUUAUUUGGAUGUAAGAAAAAUAUAUUUAGAGAGAGUUGAUAGGCUAUUGAAAUGUCCAAGUCUUUGGGUUCAAAUAUGUAUUUAAGGAUGUUCAUGAGUUAUUCCAGUCAAUAGUAAUUUAGUCCUGUUAUUAAAUUAUCUGUUUGUUCUUGUGUGCAUAGGGAAAUAGUAGGUCCGCUGCAUUUUCUCAUUAAGUUUAUAAAAAAUCCUGGUAACACUUUAUUUGGAUGGUCCAUCUGUAGAUGCUCUACAGACUAUCAGUAACAUUUCAACUAACUAUCUACUAGCCCUAACCUAACCCUUACCUUAACCCUUAUUCUAAACCUUACCCUAACCGUAACCUUAGCAAGCAGUUGCUUAUCAACAGAUAGUCUGUUGCUAGUAUCUACAAUGUGACCAAAGUCCUGAAUGAGCUUUUUACCCUUUUCACUUUUUAAGAAGUUGUUUUCACAAUCAUGUAAACAGUCAUGUCAAAUGCGUUGUAUCCAUCUAUGCAAAAUGCUGUGCAGAUAUUUUUGAUAAGUGUUGAUAAGAAAAUAAAUUUCUACAGAUUUUGUAA